AUGGCUGUAGAUUUGAACAUACGAAAUCGGCAACAAAUUGGAAUCAACACCAGCUUCAACAUUAGCUUCAUCAUUUGGAACGUCAAAAACGACAGGAAAAACAUCAGAAACAACAAUGGUAGCAACGGUAAUCACACAGAUACCAACAUCGACAGCAACAACGUCGACAGCAACAACAUCAACUGCAACAACUUCGAUGGUGGCAAGAUCGAUGACAACAUGGGCCCCGACAUCUGCACCAACAUCGGCACCAACAUCGUCAUCAACAUCACCAUUAUCAUCCGCAUCGACAUCAUCAAUGACAUCGCCAACACCAUGGACAUUCACAUGAAAAAACACGAAGAUGAAGUGGGGGCGUGCGUGAGCGCCUACCUGCUCGUCGUCGUCGUGCGGCCGCUGGAAGAAGAAGACGUCGGCGACGCUCUUGGACUUGGGGCGCGGGCGCGGGGGCGGCGACGCCGGCCGCAUGCUCUUCUUGCGAGCGCCUCCGCCCACGCGUCCGCCGUGGCCGCAGCGGCGCGCACCUGCCGCACCAGCACAACGUACUCACACACACGCCUCCGACACGUAUUAUUUAUCUCAAUAUUUCAUUCCUUUGAUUUCCGUGGUCGGCGCGUGGGUGGGGUGGGGUGGGCAAGUACCUUGGCGUGCCGCGAGCGCGGCGGCGACGCCUGUGGCCGCUUGCCCUGGCGGUGGGCCCGGGCCGCGGGCGAGGGCGAUACGGCGCGCUCGAAGGACGGCCCAGCCCGGCGCGGGCGCGCCGGCGCCACCACGGCGACGUGUCCGCCGCGGCCGCCUGCCUCUCGCCGCCUUGCGCGCCGCGCUUCCUGCGAUACACCCACGCUCACACACGCAACACGCAGAGUGGGAGAGAGAGAAAGAAAGAGAGUGGGAGAGAGAGGAAAGAAAGAGAGUGGGAGAGAGAGCAAAGAGAGUGGAGAGAGAGAAAGAGAGUGGAGAGAAGAAAGAGAGUGGGAGAGCGAGAAAGAGAGUGGGAGGAGAGAAAGAGAGAGUGGGAGAGAGAGAAAAGAGGAGUGGGCAGAGAGAGAAAGAGCAAGUGGAGAGGAGAGAAAGAAAGAGAGAGGGAGAGAGAUGUGGGAGAGAGAGAAGGAGUGGGAAGAGAGAACAGAGAGAGUUGGGAGAGAGAGAAAGAGCGAGUGGGAGAGAGAGAAAGAAGCGAGAGGGAGAGAGAGAAAAGAGGCGAGUGGGAGAGAGAGAAAGAGGCGUAGUGAGAGAAGAGAAAGAGCGAGAGGGAGAGAGAGAAAGAAUGAGAGAGACAAGAGCGAGUGGGAGAGAGAGAAGAGAGAGUGGAGAGAGAGAAAAGAAGAGAGUGGAGAGAUAGAAAGAAUCUGGGAGAGAGAGAAAGAAGAGUGGCGAGAGAGAGAAAGAAAAGCCGAGAGAAAAGAGCCGUGGGAGAGAGAGAAAGAAGAGUGGGGCGAGAGAAAGAGAGAGUGGGAGAGAGAGAAAGAGAGUGGGAGAGAAAGAGAAAGAGCAAGUGGGAAGGAGAAGAGAGAAAGAAAGAGAGAGGGAGAGAGAUAG